UCCUUUGUAAGAACUUAAAUAUAAAAAUCUUAUACUAGUAAUUAAGAUCAAAGAAAUAGAAUGACUGUUUUUCUUUCCUUCCAAGCAUCUCCAAGCAGGGUUACAAGGAAGGGAUGAUAAGGUAAAAGCUGCUAUAUUUGGGCGAUAUGAGGGUGAACUGCCAACUGUUCCUUCUCUAGAGAUUAAAAGAUAGCUGCAAACAUUCUCUCAAUUCCUGAUGUCUUCUACAGAAUUAGGGUCCGGCCACAAUUCUAGAAAUGCAAAAAAAGGGUCACACGAUGUUUCAAGCUGCAUGGAUUCUGAACUUCAUGAGUGUGAGAAAUAUAAUUCACAUGAAUUUAUAAGCGUGUUAGAGUCGGAGCUUAAAGUGUUGAGCUCAGAGAGUGUUGAUAUUCUAAAAUUAUGCGGAGAAAACCAAUUGAUCGAGGAGUUCUAUUCUCAAACAUAUUCUGAUGAUGCUGCAAAGCUAGAUCAACAGCUUAAAGGCUACAAUCCUUCUUCAUAUAGUUACAAAGAUAGACCAUUAAACAUGCUCCAAAGUGUAGUUGGUGAUGGUUGGCAGAAAACACCUGUUAAAACAGAUACCAUAGGAUUUAUGGACUUCAAUUAUUACAACCGCUUUGAUCCUGGACACACCGAGAAGGCCUGUUCUGAACUGGAUUCUCAAUGGACCGGAAUUGAGAAGGCUGAACCAUGGUGGCGCGCAGCUGAUAAGGAGUUAGCUGCCUCAGGUUCUCUCGAGUCAGCUGGGUGUAUUGGGAAUUCUGUUCUUUCAUGGCCUCAGUUUUUGGAAGGUGAGUCAUAUAAUUGUUCUCAGUGUUCUGGCCAGGUUAGUGCGACAGAGAAGGAAUUUCUGGAUACUCGUGACUGUUAUUCGGGACAACGUCCUUCACAAAGUCAAUACAAGAGAUUGUGUGUUGGCAAAGGGUGCUCAACACAUGGUUCAAGACAGACAGAAAGCGGUGAUGACAAUUUAAGUACUGCCAAGGUCCCCUCGGACGAAACUCAACCAAGAUCAAGCGAUCUCAACAAAGCUCAGCUGUUAGUAGCACUAUGCCAUUCUCAAACCCGUGCAAGAGAGGCUGAACAAUUGGCACAGCAAGCCUACAACGAGAAGGAACACGUGAUUAAACUAUUCUUCAGACAGGCUUCUCACCUCUUUGCUUACAGGCAGUGGCUUCAAAUUUUGCAGCUUGAAGCUCUAUGUCUCCAGCUUCGGAACAAAGACGAGCAGAAUUCCACCAACUUUUCGCCUUUCUUACCCUUGGUCCCAAUCAAAGGUAGGAAACUGAAGAAGUGUAGAUGUAAGCCUAUCAAGAGGAAGCCAGCAAAGGAUAAAUGCAAGAUAAACAUGUCUGCAGUAGCUUUUGCCUUGGGUUUGAGUCUUGCUGGUGCAGGUUUGCUACUUGGUUGGACCAUGGGAUGGUUAUUUCCUGCUCUCUAAACCAUCUUACAAUAUAACAUUUAUCACAACAAUCACUCUGUUCCACGGGUUCGCUAAAUUCAUAUAUGUAUAUUCCAUGUCUCUUCAUAUCAAAUUACGUCGGAGAUAUAUUAUUCUAGUAGGUAGCAUUGUACCUUAUAUAUGUAAUUAUACAACAACUACGCCUCAAUCCCUAAGGCAUUUUGUAAAUAUGGUUGUGCUAGUUUCUUGUAUAUAUGUUCUGUGUGUUUCAUAUCUGAA